AUGAUACAAUCCGAAAUUGUUGAUGAGACUGAUGUGUUUCGUGUGGACGCUUUCCGGCCUGAUACAGUCUCUGAAACGGUUUUAAGAAGACUUUUGAAGCAAGAUGUGAUACAGCAUAUUAAAGUGAAAGGCAAGACAAAGAAAGAUUCGUCGACAUAUGUCUUUCAACAAGGAAAACCGGUGGAUUACUUCGUGCUAAUCCUGGAAGGUCGCGUAGAGGUGACUGUGGGCCGAGAGAACUUGGUCUUCGAAGCUGGUCCCUUCACCUACUUCGGGGUUCAGGCGCUUACGCAGAAUGUUGGUGUUGCGGAGUCCCCGACGCCAUCAGCAAUGGGCUCCCUUCAGAAUAUAAAUAUGGACUCCAUGCUGCGUCACACGUUUUAA